CUCUUCUUGCACUGACUUUUGUGAGCUGGCUCAUGAUCUCAGGAUGUACAAAAAAAUAAUAGUUGUGUUACUAUUGUCAGGUUAUGUUUGUGCAACCACCCUUGAACCUGCUGUGUCCAUUGCUGAUCCUGGUGAACGAACAUUAUCCAGUGAAAGUGUUUGGGCUGUCACAGAGAGGGAAUUACAUGAAGCCACUCCUACUGCUUACCAAAGACCAAGAGAAGUUUCCACUACUAGAGGACAACCCGUCGAAAAUGGAGGUGGAGAAAGAACAAGAAAACAAAUAACUCAUGCUUUCUCAGAACCAGUGAUAAUAGCCAUCAUUUUUGGGGUGAUAGCUGGUGUCGUUGGAAUUAUACUCCUUUUUGUUUAUGCUAUUGGCAAACUAACUAAGAAACGUUCAGUGGAUAUACAACCUUCACUCUCACAUGACACAGACGUUCCUUUAAGUUCUGUCGAAACAGGAAAUCCAGAAGAGUGAUAAUGAGAACCUGCUCACCGAGACAAAUUUUGGAAGAACUAAAAGACAUGAGACUUCAGUCAAGUGAAAAGUUAACAUGUAAAUUGUACAUGCUAAUGUAUUAUAUACAUUCCUAAAUUGUACAAUUUCAGGAAGAAAUUUUCAUCAUAAUGAGCCCAGGGACUCGAUGGAAAAUACACCUAUUCGUUAAUAUUUCAAAAUGAAGAACAAAUAUUUUCUUUCAUGCUUGCUUUUGUAUGUUAGCAUAAUUCUUAUAGUUAAUUGAUUUGGAGUUCUAUUCUAUUAUAUUUUAAUAAUUGUGCUGUUAAAUGAAAGGCUUUCAAUAUCAUAGAUGAAAUCUAAGUUCUUUUCUUGUCUUAAAUUUCUGAAUCUAUUUUCAUUUUUAAAUAAACUAAAUCCUAUCAUUUCCUUCAUUGCUGAAUAAGCAAGAGAUGGUAAUACAAUAAUGAUGAUGAUAUUUUUAGUCACAAUAGUAAAGUGUGUACUUGGAAAGAAAUGCCUUGCAUACAUACCUAUUUACAUGCAGACACAUGUAUACAUAGACAUAGAUAUAAACAUAGAUAUAUACAAUAACACUCACAUUCAUCUUUUAAUGCAUAAAUCAAUACAAAUUUUUUUUUCAUUAAGAAAAGUGAAAUGGUACAUAUGUAUAAACGCUCAUUUACAUUUUUCUGACUUUCCAGCAUUAACUUCUCCAGGCCACUGACUGAUGCAUUCAUUGCAUUCCACUGGAAGAGUUAUUUAUGUAAAUGGUCAGAGAACCCUGAGAAAGAAAAGACUGAAUGACUUUCCUUGUGAAAGGAACUUAAUAACUCUGUAAAUGCCACAAGAUGUGUGAACUUGACAUGCAAGUGAAUAUUUUAGUAGGUUGCCGUUAAGUUCUUUUUUAGUGUUCUCAAUUAAAUCAUUUAAUCCAUCCAGUCCUAGGUUUUCUUAUUAAUAAGGUUUUGGAAAUUGGUUUAAAUAAUCUAAAUGAAAUUUCUAGGUAUGAGACUAAGGCUUUUGUGCUUAUACACCUGUCACUUAUUUAUAGUAAAACUUAAAAAGCAGUAUAAAAACAAAGGAGUACCUUCCUGUGAUAUUCUUUUUCUACACUGAUUAAAACCCAUAAUGCUUCCUAUUGCUGUGUGAUAACUGAGUAACAUUAUGUAUAUAUCUGGCCCUGGCAACUUAAAUGUAUUUAAUAAAUUAAAAAUCUAAAUCUUAA